CUCUCUUUAUCAUUAUCAUAUUUUUGGGCGCUAGUAUACCCCAUUGCACCAGCCUUUAUAUUGCAACACGUCCUUACUACUUUGCUUGCCCGAACAACACCCCGGAUUCCUGUCCAUACGUAAUAUUCUUCAUCUUCACAUACACAAACACAUACACCACAGCAAAAAUGGCGUCAGAAGCAACAAUCCUCUCCAAUGCGGAGAACCUCAAGAAGUUCUUGCGUCUUCCCCAGAACGGCCAGCUUAUUGCCGAGUACAUCUGGAUCGACAGCGAAGGCGGCACCAGGUCAAAGUCGAGGACUCUUCCCGAGAAGGAGAGCCAAUAUCUCCCCGAGGAGCUUCCCAUCUGGAACUUCGAUGGUUCCUCGACUGGCCAGGCCCCCGGCGAGGACUCCGAUGUCUACCUCAAGCCCGUAGCCGUCUUCCCUGACCCGUUCCGUGGUAGCCCCAACAUUCUCGUCCUCUCCGAGUGCUGGAACGCCGAUGGCACCCCCAAUAAGUUCAACCACAGACAUGAAGCCGCCAAGUUGAUGGAGGCUCAUGCCGACCAGGUGCCCUGGUUUGGUCUUGAGCAGGAGUACACUCUCCUCGACAUCAACGACAGGCCCUACGGUUGGCCCAGAAACGGUUUCCCCGCUCCCCAGGGUCCCUACUACUGCGGUGUCGGCACUGGCAAGGUUGUCCAGCGUGACAUUGUCGAGGCGCACUACAAGUGCUGCUUGUACGCCGGCGUCAAGAUCUCUGGCACCAACGCCGAGGUCAUGCCCGCCCAGUGGGAGUUCCAGGUCGGCCCUUGCGACGGCAUCGAGAUGGGUGACCACCUCUGGCUCGCUCGCUUCCUCCUCCACCGCGUGUCGGAAGAGUUCGGCGCCAAGGUCUCCUUCGACCCCAAGCCCAUUCCCGGUGACUGGAACGGCGCGGGCCUCCACACCAACUUCUCCACCGAGAACAUGCGCAAGGAGGGUGGCAUGAAGUACAUUGAGGAUGCCAUCAAGAAGCUCGAGGCCCGUCACAAGGAGCACAUUGCCGUCUAUGGUGAGGGCAAUGAUAAGCGUCUUACCGGCCGUCACGAGACCGGCUCUAUCGACUCUUUCACAUACGGCGUCGCGAACCGCGGUGCCUCCAUCCGUAUUCCUAGGGAAUGCGGCGCCAAGGGCUACGGUUACUUCGAGGACCGUCGCCCUGCGUCCAACGCCGACCCUUACCAGAUCACGGGUAUCAUUAUGGAGACUUGCUUUGGCGCUGUUUCGGAGUAAACAAAAAAAGGAAGCGGGGACGGCAUUGGGUUUGGCUUUCUGGGUUUCUUUCAGGCAUAACUUGAUUUCAUCGUGGAGCGUUCGGGAACACCAACUGCGUGUUACAUAGAUCAUUGAGCUUUUUCUCAUCCUACUAAUACCCCGGCAUAUUGAAUGAACGGUAACUUGGAUCGAUGGUUUAUCGUCCAUCCUCAC